AUGAACGUCUUGCGCAGCGGGGGUGGCAUCCUCCGGGUUUCACGGCCCUGUCGACCCCAGACUCUUCUCCGCACUCGUUACCCCAUAUCGCCCGCCUUGAACCGAGGGUUUCAUGCCGCACCCUGGCUGCUGGGACCAAGAUCGCAGAUCUUGAAGGAUGUUGGUGAAGGUAUCACCGAGGUGCAGAUCAUCCAAUGGUAUGUUGAAGAAGGAGCACACAUUGAGGAAUGGGCGCCUCUGUGCCAAUAUCAAUCCGACAAAGCUGUGGACGAUAUUACAUCAAGAUAUGAAGGCGUGAUUAAAAAGCUCCAUUUCGAGGCCGACGAUACCAUCCCUACCGGAAAGGCGCUCUGCGAUAUUGAGGUCGACGAUGCGAAAUACCCCGAUGAAAACCCUCCGCCUGAACCAAAGGCCGACCAAGUACCCACCGAAGCGGCUUCGACCCCUGAAACUGCAACAGAAUCAUCUGAGGCUGCUCCUCCAACAUCCGAGAUGAUCAUUGAGGCACCGGUAGAGAGACCCGAUUUGCCAAAAUCCAAGCAUGCAUCUCUUGCCACGCCUGCAGUGCGAGGCUUGCUCAAAACCCAUAAUAUCCAUAUCCUUGAUAUCGAUGGAACAGGCAAAGAUGGCCGGGUGUUGAAAGAGGACGUCUUGAGAUUUGUUGAAUCUAGAGACUCCUCCGCUGAAUCCGCGGCAGCCUCUAUCGUCUCUUCUACUACACCCGACAAACGCCAGACCGAGUCUACAGUCAGAUUGACACCGAUCCAAUCGGCCAUGUUUAAGACAAUGACCAAGUCUCUCAACACACCCCACCUUCUCUAUGCUGAUGAGCUGAGUGCCAGCGAAAUCACUGCCAUCAGAAAGAAACUCACCAGUGACGCAAAAGAUCCCAAAAAGAUCACAUUCCUCCCCUUCGUGGUCAAGGCCGUCUCCCUGGCAUUGAACGAGUUCCCUAUCCUCAACGCCCGAGUCGAUGCCAGCGACCCUGCCAAACCAAAACUCGUCAUGCGCUCCAAGCAUAACAUUGGUAUUGCAAUGGACACACCCAACGGUCUUAUCGUACCCAAUAUCAAAGAUGUUGCGAGCCGGUCGAUCUUCGACAUUGCUGCGGAGAUCUCACGGCUCAGUGCACUCGGCAAAGAAGGCAAGCUGACACCUUCCGACCUCAAUGGAGGGACAAUUACCGUUUCAAAUAUUGGAAACAUUGGAGGGACGUACGUCGCGCCUGUCAUUGUACCGACAGAGGUGGCAAUCCUCGGUGUCGGGCGUACUAGAACGGUGCCCGUUUUUGAUAAGGAGGGACAAGUCGCCCGUGGAGAACUGGUGAAUUUCAGCUGGAGCGCAGACCACCGGGUUAUUGAUGGUGCGACAAUGGCACGCAUGGGUAACCGGGUGCGUGACUUUGUCGAGGCGCCGGAACUGAUGCUCCUGAACUUGAGGUGA